AUGGGCACGACCCCUGGUGACCCGGAGGAUGUUCGACCAUCGUGGAGAGCAGAUGAUGAAAUGAGAAGCCCACCGCUGCAAACAAGCGGAACCCAGCAGGAUAUGAUGCUUCGCGCAGUCAGGCAAAGCUUGUCGCUCGCCCAGUCGUACCUCCCCGAGGUUGAGAGUCUACUGGCGCGCAUUCAGGACAGAGCCAAGCCGUCUCAGGCGACUGGACUCCCGGCAUUCGUGCGUCAUCUGAGAGGGACGGAAAAGUCUCUUACACUGGCGCUCUCGGAACUGCGCGGAGCAUCGUUGGAUGCGGAUGCCCUGACGAGACUGGAAAAGAAGCUCGCGACGGGAUCCAUCGACGUGUCCCGUGGCGCGAUGCACUGGGACAUGCUCAAGCGAUGCCGCUCAUUAGUCGCCGUCAACCAGGUCUUUCAAGGGUCCGCAUCCGAGGCCCGUAAGAAGGAGGUGGCGCGCAUGACGCUCAGCGGGCGGGAGAAGCAGCAGCUGCACCGCGCCUUGAAGGAGCAGGCCAAGGUCGAGGUCCACGUCGUCGAGGGCGGCGGCGAGUGGCUCGACAUCAAGACGCUGCGCCCGGACCGGCUGGCGAGGCAGAUGACGGACGGCGGCUGGGGCUGGGGCGAGCACGAGGUCGGCGACGACAUUGACGAGCGCGAGUGGGAGGACAUUCCGCUGGCCAGGCACGUCAGGCGGCUGGUCGCCGCGGCCCGGCUCAACCGGCACGAGUACCGCUUCCCGCGGGUGCGGCUUGUGCUGCCCAACCUCGGCCGCGGGAACAAGGACGUCGGUGCCCUGCUCGACCAGCUUUCGCGCGUGGACCCGCUGGUGCAGGUGACUCUGGACGACGGCGGCUCGGCCUUUUUGGCCAACGGCAAGUCUCGGCCGCUCGACGUCGCCAUCGAGAGCCUCGUCGGGGACGAGCACGAGGGCCUGACUGCGACGCUCAACAUGGACCAUACCAUCCUCGUGGAUCUCGUCUCGGACCUGACCCAUCUCCGUCUUCAGCCGCAGCCGUGGCAGGCAUCCACGACGAGGGCGCAGAUCCUGGAGGAGACGCAGCACGGCGGGCUCAUGACGCGGACGCUGUAUCCCAUCCUAGACGGACGAGCGCUUGUGUGCACCAAGGAGGCGGCCGAGCACUUCCACCAAGUCCUCGGCACCGUGGGCACGGCCACCGAACGCGAGCGCGCAAGGUACCUCGUGCCCGUCGACCCGGAAAUCCGCUGCACGCCGCACCAUGUGCUCCGGGCUCGCUUCCAGCGGCUGUCCGUCUACCCGCUGCCGGCAUCGGUGCAGGUGCCCAUCCGCGUUGUCGACGAGGACUGGACGUGGCCGUCGAUCUGCCGCGGCGUCGCCGAGGCGCGCCUCCCCCGCGUGGCGCUCGACGUCGCGCGCUGCGCAAACUUCAAGAGCGCCAAGCUCUCCAUCUUCAUGCACGGCUGGGCGACGGGCAUGGCGACGCUCACGUCCAACAAGGAGGUGCGCGGGCAGAUUCGGACAUGGGUCGAGGCGAACCGGCACGACGACGGCGAGUGCGGGCCUGCCAUCUGGAGGCUCGACGUGACCCGGAACCUGCUAGCCAAGAGCGCGACGCCUCCGGAGCAGGACCGGAGUGCCGGCAAUGGUGACUUGCAAGAAGACGGCGACUGGAUCGACACAAAGAGAGGGAAAGGAUGA